ACAACUGGCAUUUCUUUGCUUUAAUGAUGUGCUGGGCUGGCUGCUGCUGCCGCCGCCGCUGCUUUCGCGGGCAGGAUGAGUAAUUGAGAGCAGCAGUUUGCCUUUGCAGGCGCUCACUCUCUCCUCUUAAAGGCGCAGGCGGAGCAGCGGGACAGCAAGGGGGGUGCAUUGCGAGCUUGUAUUUUUUCAUUGGAUGUCAGGAUAGAGAGGUAACAUGUGAAACAAUCAGUUGAACAUUUUAAAAACGCCAUUUUGCGGGUUUAUUUGCUUUCCUGGUGUUCCCUCGGCCCUCCUCCUUUUAUAACGCUCCAAAGAAGUGAUUGGGCGCAAUGGCCUCCAAGCUUCUGCGAGCUGUUGUCUUGGGUCCCCCGGGCUCCGGCAAAGGAACCGUGUGCGAGAGGAUCGCCAAGAGCUUUGGCCUCCAUCAUCUUUCCAGUGGGCAGUUUUUAAGGGAGAACAUCAGAGCAAACAGUGAUGUUGGCAUACUAGCAAAGCAGUAUCUUGAGAAAGGCCUUUUGGUGCCAGAUCAUGUAUUCACACGAGUAAUGAUAACAGAACUGGAAAAAAUGCAGACCCAGCCUUGGUUACUUGAUGGUUUUCCAAGGACACUGGGUCAAGCUGAAGCACUUGACACAAUAUGUGAACUGGAUCUAGUGAUAAGCUUGAACAUCCCGUUUGAGUCCCUAAAAGACCGCCUAAGUGCUCGUUGGAUUCAUCCAGCGAGUGGGAGAGUCUAUAAUAUGGAAUUCAACCCACCACAAGUACAUGGGGUUGAUGACGUUACUGGUGAGCCAUUAAUCCAACGGGAAGAUGAUAAACCUGAAGCUGUUGCUGCUAGGCUUAGAAAAUACAAAGAUGCUGCAAAGCCUGUAAUGGAAUUGUACAAAAACAGAGGAAUCCUACACUCAUUCUCUGGGACAGAGACCAACAAAAUAUGGCCUUAUGUGUAUUCUCUGGUGUCCAGCAAAAUUCCUCCACUCCAGGCCAAAGAAGCAAACUAAGCAUUUCCAAAACAAGCAAGAGUUAAUAUAACCAGAGUUGAUUUUCUAUUAAGUUUGUGGUGUCCUUUAUCUGUGCUUUGCCUUUAUAUAUAUAGAAAGCAGCUGUCUCCCUGGUUUUAUUGGAGAAUAGCUGCAGAAAUAUAGUGAUAGCUAAGAACAUCUCUGAAAAUGCUAUAUGGAAUCCUAGUCCUCAGCAUAUUAAGUAUUUGUGCAUGGACUUCCAGGGAAUCCUAAAUUGUUAUGCAGAGACAGAUAUACCUUAGGAGGCUUACAGAGCCUGUUGUCUGUUCCAUCUAGCCACAGCUAGUUCUUCUGCAUAUUCAGUGUGUCAUUUCAUGAAUGUUUGGAAUUGUUUUCCUUGAUCUAACACUCCACAGCAAUUUAAAAACAAACACUUCUCUAAAUGUACCUGCAGCGCAAGAAGCACUGUGGAGCAUAUAUGCAUUAUAUAGCUCAAAUAACAAAAAAUGUGUUCGAGUAUCAAUUCAUGGGGAAUGGAAAUUAUGGUUGUUUUUAAACAUGUUGGUUUGCGGAAAAUACCAACAUUUAAGAAUAUAUAUAAUAAAAAUGCUGCUCUAAUGUUUAUGGAACUAGUUUGUAAUUCAGUGGUGUGGAUUUAGGGCAUCCUGUAUACUAGGAUAUAAAGGUGGCCUAUUUUUUUAUCAAGAAAAGUUGCACAACUUGGAUAGUAUUAUUAUAGCCUUAAUAUUAUACAGUGUUACAGCCUGUUACUAACUGCCAAUGAGCUUCUGCUCUCUUUUUAUCACAUUUAAAAUUGUCCCAAAUUAUCUCCCAGACAAGUGAUCGUAUGAUUUAGCAUAAUGACCUGUCCAGAUGAUCACUAUUAUAUUGAGCUGCUUCACAAGUCACUUGUUUGCAAGUCACAUUAAGUCAUAGUUUAACCACUGAAAUGGCAUGCACUUUUGCUGCUGGUUUUGUCCAAACCAGAGACUUCUUGUUUCCUCCCAUAAACAAAUCACAACCAUAAACCUAGGUUCAGAUGUAAUGGCAAGCCAGAUCAUUGCUUGUUUCCUGGGCAGUGGCAAAAGCAGGGGAAGAGUGAAAUGCCUGCAAUUUUGGCAGUAUGCACUAGCAUGCUGUGUGUUCACAUUAAAUGUUUAAGCCAUUUAGUUUAACUGUGGUUUAUUGUGACAUGUGAACCGGGACAGUAAGCAACAAAUUUUCAUGACCACACAGUCUAGGAAAAAUGCUGUCACAAAUAUGGAAACUGUUGUCAAUAUAGAUCAAUGGUUUGAUUAUUAGACUUGUUCAUAUAAGGACAAUCAGUUGCGAAGGUUCACAUAUGCAAAAGGAAAAAAAGUUAUGUACUGGACCAAAGACUUAAGCUAUGUACACUUUAGCCGUGUUAAAACACAGUGAGGUUGUUCUCUCCCACUGCAUUUGAAGUUGCAUUUGCAUGUUGCUGUACACACUAGAAAGGGGACAGGAAUAUCCUACCCAAUGCACAUUUCCUGUUUAGUUUUCCCAUGCCUGCAACCCCCCUACCCAGCUCCUAUUUAUGAAGUGGUCAUUGUGCGUGCAUGGUCAUUAUGCACGUGCAGUGGCGAUCUCAAACAUACACAGCUUAGCUUAAUUGCAUAGUGGAUGUGAGUGGAAUUUUCAAAUUGGAUGGAAGCUGGUUUGAAGGGAACACAUCAAACAGCUGUAUUUCUCAAGAAACUACAGGAUAGGUGUGAAUUGUGGCCAAUGACACAUAUGCAUGGCUUCAAACCCAGUUGGUGGGAGCAAACCAGAGCCAGAUUCAAUGGUAAUGUAUACAUAGCUUUACUUCAGUUGGUCUCUCUGUGUGUUUUAACCACCUGUCUUUAACUGAAGUCAUUUCUUUCCUGUGUGAGUUUGGCCUGUUUUGAACCAAUUUUCCCUUUCCUCUAAGUGGUCUGUCUUUGUCCACAUAACUCUUAAGAUCUCAUCUAUUAGUUCCAAUGUACUUUUCUCUGAAUGCUUCUUUGCAUCAUUCACUAGAAUCUGAAUGAAAAUGAAGGUAAGUAAGCACUCAGAUCUGAAUAGAAGCAAAAUGGUCUACUAUGCAUGUAUUCCUUGAUAGCUGGCCAUUUGGAAUGUUGCUCUUGAAAUUUGUUGCUAAGUGUGCUAAGUUGACUUGAACACUGAGCAGAUUGCUACCAAAUAAUUUUAGACCAAAAGCUGAACAGAAACACUUGAUUUUUCAGAGCAAUUGUUUCAAAACUUUCUUUCCUCAAAGAACCAGUUUCUGCAUGGCUGUUACUUCUAAAGAAUUCCAGGAUUCCCUGAACAUAAUGUAGGAUUCUAGGUUAUAUUUUAGCUUAUGAUUUGGCUCUUGCAGUACAUGCAUGGGCCAGCCAUAAUUCACGGUUCUUGGUGUUGAUGCAUGCAAAAUGGAGAUGGUACCCUAGAAUAUCUCCAACACACUCCCUCAGAGAGCACAUUUAAUCAGAUCAGUAGUGAUGGGAAUGCUGGUCUGCCAUUAUAGAUCUCCUCACUGUAGAACCUGUAGCAAGGAAUGCCAGAGUUUUCCAGACCAGUCUUAAAACUACUGUUGCAGAUCAAUCAAAUCAAAUCAAAUGUGCUUUAACUUUUCUCUUCACUUUCUUGCAUGUUGGAUUUGAUCCAGAGCAAAGUAAGUUGCACUUAUACCUGUUGAAUUCAGUGUGAUAUGUAGUGAUGAGUAACUUGUAUCCCACUGAAAUCAAUAGGAUGUAAGUGCAACUUAACUUGUUUGUUUCCACUUUUCUAUUUCCUUUCCUGUAGUACAGGCAUAGCCAAUGUGGUGCCCGCCAGAGACUCCAACUCCCAUCAACCCUCACCAUCGACAAUGCUCUCUGGGGCUGAUGGGAGUUGUAGCUAAACAUCUGGAGGGCACCAUGUUGGAUACCCCUGCUGUAGUAUAUGAAAUAGCCAAAGGCUGUUGGUUAAAGGGUGUGUGUGUGUCCUAUUAAUGCGAGGAGCACAAAAAUGUAGGCUGCUGUCCAUGGAGAAAGAGUGUGAUAGUUUUCCGUGAACAGAUUGUUUUCAUGCUACACAGCACUGAAGUAAAGCAGACUUCCUUUUGUACCACAUGGCAAAGAAAUAUGAUUUGUUCGUUCAUGGGCAGAUCAGCAGUGGUCUCAACCAUGCCCUGUCUUUCCUGCUCCUGAGCUUAAUCUCCAGUCAGCAGCACCGGCUGUGGUUGAACUUUCCCCUCUGCACUCUCCCCAUGCCUUGUUCAGCUGGUCAGAGAUUAUAGCUCAGGAGUGGGGGAAACACUGCUGGGGAGAGGCCAGUAGACCAGACUGGGAAGUCCUGCAGGUCUUACCCAUCUCCACCCC